CCAAGCAGCAAACUCAUCACUUCACGAUUGUCGCCCUUGCCCGAUGAUCUUUACGUCUCGCCACCCGACGCUGCCUAUUCCUGAGGACGCGGCGAUCUGGAAUGUGGUAGAGCAGCACGCACGCAAUAUUGGCGACAAGCCGGCGUUUGUCUGCGGCGUGACGGAGCGGACGAUCUCGUACGCGCAGCUGCUCCGCAUGGCCAAGAAGCUGUGCGCAGGUUUCGCUGCCAACGGCCUCAAGAAGGGCGACAUUGUGAUCUUGCACUCGAUGAACUGCAUCGAGUACCCGGUGAUCUUUUUGGCUCUGAAUCGACUAGGAGCGAUAUGCUCGCCGUCCUCUCCUCAGUUCACAGCGCAAGAACUGGCUAAUCAGAUCGAAGCAGCUCAAGCUGUGGCAGUGAUUUCGCACAAGAAAUUUGCAGCGGUGGCUAUGAAGGCUGCUACAGUGCACGGAAUUUCAAGCGACCAAGUGUACACGAUUGGAGAUGCUUCCUUGCAGACAAUCGAACAUCUGAUUGAGCUGGAUCUGCCCUUCCCGGACCUCCCUCCGAUCGAUCCGAACCAAAUUGUGACGUUGCCCUUUUCCAGUGGCACAACUGGUCGUCCGAAGGGAGUGGAGCUAACAGCUCGUGCAAUGUUCGCCGCGGGGAUGAUACCUGCCUAUACAGUGGAGAAGAUGGAUUAUCUUUUGGGCAUGCUGCCAUUCUUCCACAUCAUGGCCACUUUGAUCUUCCACAUCAGCCUGUACAUGGGGAUGUCGAUGGUCGUGUUGCCGGGUUUCCAGCCAGACUCACUGUUGCGCACAGCAGAGAAGUACAAAAUCAAACGACUCCAUCUCGCUCCUCCGCUCAUCAAGUUCCUCGCCAAACAUCCGCUCGUAGCCAAGUACGAUCUUUCAGCGACAACCCAAGCCAGUUCUGGCGGUGCACCAAUGGGGAUAGAACUGGAGCAAGCCGUUUUGAAGCGUCUUAACAUACAGGUUCUUCAGAGUUACGGUAUGACGGAGAUUGCUGGCGUUGGAACGCACUCUUCCAUCAGUUGCCACCGUGAAGGCUCGUCAGGAACGCUGUAUCCCAAUGUGGAACUCAAGGUGAAAUGUCUGGAGACGGGUGCUGAUCUGCCCGCAAACAAACACGGUGAGUUGCUCUUUCGAGGCCCGACGUUAAUGAAGAGAUAUUUCAACAAUCCAGUGGCGACGCGCGAGUCUUUUACUGAGGACGGGUUUCUCCGCACGGGAGAUAUCGGAUAUAUCGAUGACGAUGGCUUUGUGUUCAUCGUAGACCGACUGAAGGAGCUUAUUAAGUACAAAGGACAUCAAGUCGCACCUGCAGAAGUGGAGGACGUGGUGAACUCUCACCCUCAAGUGGCAGAUUCAGGUUGUGUACGCGGUCACGAUCUGGUGACAGGAGAGGAGAUUCCAAAGAUUUACGUCGUGCUGGUAGAGGGAAGCGCGUUGACUGCAGAAGAGCUGAUGGAGUAUGUAGCAAUGAAAGUGACGGGGUACAAGCGCGUCCGCGAGGUGGAAUUUAUCGAUAGUAUUCCAAAGAGCUUGUCGGGUAAGAUACUGCGACGUGUGCUUCAGAUGCGGGAGAACGAGAAGAUGCGAGCUUCUCUAAGUCGUCUGUAGUCGUGCAGAUGAAAUCUGGUAUUUGGUUUUCCAUUAUUGCUAGGUUGUCACUACGCUACACUGAAGUCGUUCAUUUCACUCAUCGUUUUCAUUGAGGAGACCCAGUCUGCGAAUUGCUGCGAGUUGGUCUGUUCGAUAGACGUCAUGUUAGCACUAAGCGGCAAUGUACCAAGAAGAAAAUAUACCUGGAAUAUGUGCCAGCGCUGCAAUCGCCAGACCUAAAGCUGGUUGUUCGGGGUUUUCACACAUGACGUGGUUGAAAUUGACGAAGUGGAAGUUCUCGAAAUUACGCUUAGGCAAAGUGGACUUGUACUGUUCCAUCUCUUCCCAUGGGCCAUCACCAACGCCAACCACAAUAAUUGCUGUUGCAUUUUCACACGCCGUUCGAAAAAUUAAAUGUGAGAAACUGCAAAAAAAAAAAAAAAAUGACAACUUCUUGGGCUGAGCAUACACAAUGCAUAUCUGGAGGCUUCAACAAUGG